AUGUUCGUCACCGAAUACGCGGUGAAGCACCGCGACCAACGAGGCAAGCUGCCUGGAAAUGGUCACCUGUCCGUGAUCGAGUUCAAGAACGGCCUCAGGCAGGUCCUGGAUCCAGACUCGAUCGAAACUUUGGUGGAUUCCCUGGACAUGGACCACAGCGGCAGCGUCGACUACUCCGAGUUCGUCGCCGGCUGCCUCGACGCCCACAUGGGCCUUAUCGAGAGCGCGCUGUACCACGCCUUUCACGUCUUCGAUGUGAACAACGAUGGCGUGAUCUCCUUGGGCGAGCUGCGCUCCAUCCUCAAAGACGGCGGGGAGGCGCUCUCUGUCGUUUUGCCGGAGGGGAAGACGGUGGAGGGCUUCAUGAAGGACAUCGACACGUCAAAGGAUGGCUUCAUCAGCUUCGAGGAGCUCAAGGAGUUCCUCAAGAAGGAGGCAGAUGCGUCGCCAUGUGCGCGGCCGCCAAAGAAGGAGGCUGCUCGCCGGCUCUCCUCGGCAGGCAUUGGGCCAAACUCGUCCAUGUCGACGGCGCCUUCCGCAGGCGUGGCCUCCCAGCGGCCGCCAGCGCCGGUGCCCGUGGAGCCGGAGCUGUACGCUCAGCUGCAGCGCUGUGUUGACCUGUCAAGCAGCAACGUCGGCCUGCUGAAGGAGCUAACGCUCUCACCCGCCCGGUGGAGUCCGACGUCGCUCGCCAAAGUGCGAGCUCUGAGAGUGAAGGAACGGUCUGCGGAUGACGCCUGGGUCAAGCGGUUGAGGCAGGAGCGCGUGCGGCCCCUCUACCACGCCGGGGAGCUGAAAUCUGUUCACCUGGAGUUGACCACACGCUGCAACGCGGCCUGCCCGCAGUGCCCCCGGAACCUACAAGGGGGUGCUGAGAACCCGGUACUUGCCGCACACCAUGCGGAGCUCUCCCUUGCGGACGUCCGGGCCAUCUUGCCCCCAGGCUUCCUCCGGCAGCUGCGGAAGGUUUACUUGUGCGGCAACUUCGGGGACCCCGCCGUGGCCGAGGACUGCAGGGAGGUGCUCCGCUACCUGCUCAGCGUGGACGGCCCCCGCAUCGGGCUCUUCACGAACGGGGGCAUGCGCUCGCCCUCGUGGUGGCAAGAGCUUGGGAGCAUCAUGCAGCCGGCAGCUCGGGCGUUCGUGCGCUUCGCCAUCGACGGGGACGCAUCCACGAACCACCUCUAUCGGCAGCACGUGAAGUGGGAGCGCCUCAUGGCGAACGUGGACGCCUUCCUGGGGGCUGGUGGCAACGCGGAGUGGGACUUCAUCGUCUUCGAGCACAAUGAGCACCAGGUGGAGGCGAUGCGCUCCUUGGCGGAGCAGAAGGGCUUCACCAAGUUUAAUGCCAAGAAGACGGCUCGCUUCAUCGACAAGGCCCAGGGCGUUGUGAAGCCCUCCGUCCCCGUGCGGAACCUGGCGGGCGAGGAGGUUCGCAAGCUGCGACCGCCCAGCCGCACCUGGCAGAAUGAGGCGGCUCUGGAAGGCGUGCAGAAGGCGGUGGAGAAGUAUGGGAGCAUCGAAUCCUACUACGACCGCUGCGAGAUCUCCUGCAAGGUGGCCAAGGAGAAGGAGGUGUACAUCUCGGCAGACGGUUUAGCCUUCCCAUGCUGCUGGCUUGCGGCUGAGAUGUACCGCUCAGACCUGCCGAACACUGGCCGGGAGGUCGUUCGGCUGGCAAAGGCCGCGUUUCCGCAGGAGGGCCUCUCUGCGCUGAGCGCCCGCCGCCGCGGGGUCGCCGGCGCGGUCGACCGCAGGGCGGGCCUCUUUCAGCAGCUGGUUCCGGCGGCCAUGCAGCAGCCCUCUCUUGAAGCUGGGCGUUUGCGGACGUGCUCGGCCGUGUGUGGUGCGGAGGUGAACGCGUUCGUCAAGCAGUUCGAGGGCGCUGCUAAGGCCCUGGACCCUGGCCUCCGCACGGCUACGGCCGCCACGACGGCCCCCUUUCGGGCAUCGGCCGAGGCUGCGCCCGUGGAGGUGUGGUAUGGCAGUGAGACCGGCAACGCCGAGCGCCUCGCGCUGCGCGCCGCCGAGGCGCUGGGCGCCGUGGCCGCGGUCUCGGCCCCGCCGAGGUCGGACGAGGUGGAGGGGCGACUGCGCAGCUGUCAAGCCCUUGUGUUGGUGCUGGCCACCUGGGGCCAGGGAGAGCCCACGGACGACGCCCGAGGCCUCUUCCAGUGGCUGCGCGAGGCAAAAGAUGCCGGAAGCUCCCUGGCGCUGCCGGUGGCCAUCUUCGGGGUCGGGAGCUCGCUGUGGCCGGACUUCAACGCCGCGGCCCGGCGCGCCGGGGAGUUGCUGGGCGCCUUGGGCGUCCCUCUCCUGGCCUUGGGCGAGGGCGAUGUGGCCGAUGCCCGGAGCCUGGAUUCCCAGUUUGAGUCCUGGCUCCAGCAGCGCCUCCUGCCGGCGCUCGGGGCGCGCGGCCUGGGUGCGCGGGAGGGCCCAGCGCUGGUGCGGCGCGACGCAGGGGCGGAGUCGUCCUCCGUGCAGCUGACGGUGACCCGCGUCGCCCGCCUCGCGCCGAGCGAUCCCGUCGCCAGGUACUUCGAGGUCGAGCUCGCGGGCGCGCAUGGCGCGCUGCCCCACGGUCCAGGCGACGCUUUGGGUGUGCUUCCGCCUGGCGGCCGCGGCCUGGGCGCGAGGCCGCGGUGGUACACCAUCUCCUCCUCGCCCGGCGUCCUUCCUUCAAGCGGCCCUGGCCAGGUGCUGCGCCUGAUGGUGCGGGAGGUGCCCACGGGCGGCUGCUCGCCUUGGCUCUGCGGCCUACGUGCUGGGGACACGGUGGAGUGCCUGCCGCCCCGGCGGCCCUCCCCUCUCCGCGCCGCCUGGGAGGCGCGGAGGGCCACGCGGCUGCUUCUGGUCGCGAACGGCGCCGGGCUGGCUCCUUUCCUGGCGCUGUUCGAGAAGCUCGCCGCGGAAAGCCCCGAGUGCCGGCCGCCCGCCUGGCUGUGGGUUGGGUGCAGGCGGCGCGAGGGCGGCCUGCCCCACCAGGAGAGGCUGGCAGCCUUGGAGGCGGAGGGUGUGCUGCGCCGGCUGGCGGUGGCCGAGUCCAACCCUACGAGCAGCGAUGCUCCGAGAUGUUGGGUUCAAGAUGUGCUUCGGGCAGAGGCCGAGGAGGUCGGGCAGCUUUUGUUCGGGUCGGGAGAGCCCACCGCGCUCAUGCUGGUCUGCGGAUCGGCCGCCAUGGGCUGCGCGGUGCGCGACGUCGUUUCGGGGAUCGCCGCGGCGCGCGGCACCAGCGUGGAGGCGCUUGAUUGUCCAAAGCUGGCAGUCUUCCAAUCUUCGUGUGCGGAGCAGGUGCAAGGAACCCACAGCAUCAAGGUGGGUGAGGGGACAGUGAUCCAUCCCGCGUGCAUCCUCCAUGCCCAGGCCGGCCCGAUCGUCAUUGGCCGCUUCAACGUGCUGGAGGAGCAGGUGGAGGUCGUGAACUCCUCGGACCAGCCGCUGGUCAUCGGGGACCACAACAUCCUGGAGGUCGGCGCCCGGAUCCUGGGCGGCGGCGGGGCGCGCCUCGGCGAUGCGAACCUGGUGGAGAUCCGCGCCACAUUGGACGAGGGCUGCUCUGUUGGAAGCGGCUGCACGUUGGGUGCCUGUACCUCCCUGAAGGAGGGCGAGGCACCCCUGGCCGACGAGAUGGUCGUGAUCGGGCCCGGCGUGCGCCACGCCGAGCCCGGCGCCAAAGAAGCGCACGUCCAGGCGGUGCUGAAGUACAUCGAGGUGCUGAAGGAGACCUUGCCGCGGUGUCACCACCUGCGCAAGAGCAAUGUGAAGCCCUGA